UUAGCGAAAAGUCGCAGUUUAGUUACGGACAUCAGAGCAUUAAAAACUAAUUGUGGAAUCAAUAGAAAAAUAAUUGAUUAUUUUUUUAUUGUAAAAUUCGCUGUAUUCUUGCUGAAAUUAAUUUAAUAUAUAACCAACCAAAUGGCGCCUCAUUGGGAUGAACCUCGUCAUCAUCACCACCACCAUCAUAACCGUCCUAUUAUUGAAGUAGAUAUUGUGAGUCCUUUUGCCCGACCACCACCACCUCGAGUCACUACCGAAGUAAUUAUUGCACCACAGCAAAGACCAACAGAAAUUGUGUACGUGACUCCACCACAACCACGUCCACCUCCACCACGCGAAGUCGUCGUUGUACUUCCAGGAAAUCAGCCACCUCCAGAACAUUGGGAUAAUCGUCCUCGUUGGUAAUCUAUGCAUUGGAGAAAUUGUGAUAAUAAAUUUAUGAAUACUAUGAAAUGUGUCAGUUGUAAAAUAUAAAAGUAAUUU